CAAAUACCUUUGAAGCAAACAGUCUAGUGUCUAGAUAAAAAAAGCGCCAUUCAGCUGUCUUAUGUGCUUUUCCGAAUAUUAAUUUUUAUCGUGCUCAAAGUAAAAUAAAUAUUGUUAGUUAAAAAGUUAUUGUCGAAACGAUAUAAAUAGUUACUAAGCUGUUUUUAAACGAAAAUAAGCAGUAUUAGUAAAAACAGUAGUGUUUUACUCCAACAAGGAUAUAAGGCAGACAUUACAAUCAUUAGAACGAGGAAUAAGAGGAACAAACAACAAUUAAAAUGACUGAAGAAGUAAAACUCUCUCGAGACGAGCUUAUUCUCAAGGCAAAAGAACUCUACAGCAAAGGCUCCAGAAACUAUCUUCUUAAAUGCUACAGUGAAUCAGCUGAUGAACUGAGUGAGGUGUGUGCACUUUACGAAGAAAUCUAUGGCGAACUUUCAGAUGAGCUUGGAAUGCCGUAUUUGUUAUAUGCCAAAUCCUUAAUAGCCCUUGCUUUAGAGGAAAAUAAAGUCAUCGAUGUUCCCGAUGAGGAAGAUGAAGAAGAUGAUGAGGAUGAAAUUGAUGAAGAUACCACGGAAAACAAUGAAGUUUCCGCAGAUAAAAAUGAAAACUCAAAUAAAAAAAAUACAGAGUCAGAUGAAACAAAAGAACCAGAUUCUACAGAAAAUAAAAUAGAACAAAAACCAGACUCUACAAUUGAAUCCACAAAGGAAAAGAAGUUGGUAGAAAAUGAUGUUGCAACAUCUUCCACUAAAACAGUAGGUGACGUCGAAUCGAAUGGGGCAGAACCAGCUGAUGGAAUAAUUAAACCAAGCACUUCAAAUGGCAAAACAGAUACAGUAGAAGAAGAAGAAGAAAAUGAAGCAGCAUCUAGCCUUCAAUUAGCUUGGGAAAUUCUUGAGCUUGCUGCUAAAAUAUUCACUCGGCAAGGUUUAAAUGGUCUUCCUAACUUGGCUGAAGUUCAAACAGAGUUGGCAAACAUUGAAUUUGAAAAUAAUAUUCUUGAUUCCGCUCGUGAGGAUUAUGAAAAAGCUCUUAAGAUUUACAAGAAUCUUACAGACAAAUAUCGAAGAGCUAUGGCUGAGAUCCAUUAUAAAAUUGGUCUUACCUAUCUCAUGCAACAAAUGAAUCAAGAAGGUGCUGAAAGCCUUAAAAACGCAUGCGCACUCAUCGAAGAUGAAAUCAAUGAACUGAAAGCUAAAGAGGAUCUUGUUGAUAAAAAUACUGAAAUAAUUAAAGACAUGGAGGAGACUAAGCAGGAGAUCUGGGCAAAAAUAGCUGAAAUCGAAGAAACUAGACAGCAGAACAUUGCCGAAGUACGUGCCGCUUUAGAUAGCUACAUAGGACCUUCUAAGGGAAAACCAACAGAUUCAGCUGGCCCAUCCUCCUCUGGAGCCAGUUCAUCCGUUACAACAUCAUCCUCUAAGCCUAAAGAUAUAACACAUUUAAUUAAACGAAAGAAACCAGAUACGGAUCCUCCAAACUCAGAAUCCGAAGCAGUAGCCGCAUCACCCGCUAAGCGAGCAGCUGUUUAAGUGAUUAUUUUCAAUCAUGCUUAAAAUAACUCAUUCCAUAUUGAUAUCAUAAAUAAUGGAAGUUUACUUAAUAAAGAUAAAAUUAGUCGAUAUGACUUUUAUGUUUUUACUAUCAAA